UUCACAAUUUCAUAUCUUAAUUCUCGUACCUGUGCUGCGUUUCAUAUGCAGCCUUGUUCGAUCGAGAAACAGAAACACUCAAUUAAUAUAAUAUUCAUAUUAAUUGAUUGAUCGAUAUGGAGUUACAUAUUAGAUUGCCAUUCUUGUUAGUAGUAGUAGUAAUUCAAAUAUGUUUGUUCAUCAAUAUCGCUACUGCGUGCUCUAACGGAACAUGCAAGUUGCUAGAUAAUUGUGAAUCGGACGGAGAUUGUGAGGCUGGUCUCUAUUGUUUCUCAUGCCCUCAAGGAUUUCCGGGCUCCAAAUGUGUCCGCUCAAAGGCUACGCCAGUCUUCAAUCUUAUGAAUAACUCUCUCCCAUUCAACAAAUAUGCUUUCUUGACGACACAUAACGCCUUUGCUAUCGAUAAUGGGACCGUGCGAGUUACUCCGACGAAUCAAGAAGACAGUGUCACUCAACAGCUAAACAAUGGCGUUCGUGGUUUAAUGCUUGAUACAUACGACUUUGAAGACACUGUUUGGUUGUGCCAUUCUUUUGGUGGAAAAUGUUAUGACCUCACCAAAUUUGCACCAGCUAUAGACACUUUGAAAGAAAUUGAAGUUUUUCUAUCAGCAAAUCCAACAGAAAUAGUGACAAUCAUUCUUGAAGACUAUGUACAUGCACCUAAUGGUUUGACCAAUGUCUUUACUGAUGCGGGUCUGAAAAAGUACUGGUUUCCGGUAGAAAAAAUGCCUAAAAAUGGCCAAGAUUGGCCUUUGGUUAGUGACAUGGUGGCAAACAAUCAAAGGUUACUUGUUUUUGGCUCAAAUAGUUCCAAGGAACAAAGUGAAGGAAUUGCCUACCAAUGGAACUACAUGGUUGAAAACCAAUAUGGGGACGGUGGAAUGAAGGCAGGGGAAUGCCCGAACAGAGGAGAGUCGUCUCCAAUGAACGACACAACAAAAUCACUUGUUUUAGUAAACUACUUCCGUACUCUUCCUUUAAAAGUGUUGGCAUGUGGUCAAAACAAUGGCGACCUCUUGGACAUGACCAAGACUUGCCACAGUGACUCUGCUAAUCGUUGGGCCAACUUCCUUGCUGUCGAUUUUUACAAGAGGAGUGAAGGAGGUGGAACAUUUCAAGCCGUCGAUUUGAUGAAUGGAGAGCUUUUGUGUGGAUGCAACGACGUACAUGCUUGCGUGCCUGGUGGAGGAAGCUGUACACCCUAAAGCUUUUGGUACCAAAUGAUAUGGAUACAGAUUAAUUAUAUCUAAAAAUUCUAGUUUCCCUUGAAGUUGGUAGCUAUUUUGAUGAUUGUUACUUUUUUGGAAACUAGAAAGUAAAAAGAAGAAAAAGAUUUAAUUGUUUCCCUUUAUAAUAUUUAGAAAUAAGAUCGAGAGUUUCGGGUU